AUGAGCGAAGUAGGAGAGCAACAGCUACAGGAGCCGCCGCCGCCGCCGCCACCGUCGCCAGCUUCUACUCCUCCCCCUUCUUCUAGUCCUGAUGGUAGUGACAUGGAUGGGGUAGAACAACAGCCCCCUCGAGUGUUUUUCAUUGGAGUAGUGAUGAGGACGCAGAAGAAGAAGAGGGGGAAAAGACCAGACGCAAAAGAAGAAAGAAUAAGCAAAAGGGGUCGGAAUGUACGACACAAUGUGAUUUACAUUGUAAAACGAAACCUAAAAGAAGAAGAAGAAGUAGUCUCAAACGCAAACCCUACGGACAAACAAUGUCUAAGAGGACGACUGCAGCAGCAUCUCACCGGGGAUGCAUCUCCGGCUGCGGAAGCUGGGGGAUGUGCUGUGAACGUUACACAGUGUGGCAGAAACGCUGCGGAAUGGUUAGGCGAAGGCUGUUGUUACUUUGUGCAAUGA